AUGGUGGCUGCGUUGAUAAGGGAUGCCCCGUUUGGGCAAAUCAUCAGAUACAUCACUAAGAACCGUGUUCUUCAAUAUCCAGAGGAACGCGCAGACUUCCAAAUACCAGCCGCCUACACAAGACACACCCGGCCGUUACCAAAGCGACUCAGCACUGAUGUCACCGAAGUUCCCAAACUUGAGCCAGAAGGCCUAGCAACCGAAGAAGCCGUCUACCCAGACCCAGAAACCCGCGAUCUCGAGAAGCUAGACACCAUCAGCGAAGUUGAGCAGACAGAUCUCGAAAAGAUCCAGACGGCACGAACCCAGCACACAACGAGGACGCAGAUUUCCCGCGUCGGAACACGGACCGCACUGCAAAAGUCCAUUUCUCAUGCGGAUCUUGAACAGCAGUUCUCACUGGCGUUUGUGGAAAGAGGCCCAAGUCGGCCAAUUGAACCUGAAACGCUUGACGAUGGCACCAUCUUGGUGGAUUGGUAUGACACUGAUGAUGCAGAUAACCCACAGAACUGGAGCUUCAAUAAGAAGAACGUAGUGCUCUCUCUGAUUCUCAUGUACACCAUGGGAGUCUACAUGGGUAGCGCAAUCUACUCUCCCAGCAUCCCAGGUGUAAUGGAGCGCUUCGGCGUCGAGAUAGGAGCCGCGUCGCUUGGCCUGUCCAUGUACGUUCUCGCCUACGGCAUUGGACCUUUGCUCUUUUCGCCUUUGAGCGAGAUCCCGAUUAUUGGACGCAAUCCGCCCUAUAUCAUCUCCUAUGCCAUAUUUGUCAUAUUGCUUGUACCAACUGCUCUAGUCGACAACUUCGCUGGCUUGAUCGUCCUCCGGUUCCUCCAGGGUUUCUUUGGCAGUCCCUGCCUAGCUACUGGCGGCGCCACUCUGCAAGACGUCUACAGCCUAAUUAAGCUUCCUUACGUCCUCUCUCUAUGGGCGUUUGCAGCGACAUGCGGUCCCGCCCUCGGGCCAAUCAUUUCUGGAUUUUCUGUCGCCGCUAAGAACUGGCGCUGGUCUCUCUGGGAGAUGCUCUGGAUGAACGGACCCAUCUUCCUAUCUCUCUUCUUCCUCCUCCCCGAGACGUCAUCCGCAAACAUCCUUCUCCGCCGCGCUCAACGCCUCCGCAAACUCACCGGUGACAAUAGCCUCAAGUCCCAGUCUGAGAUCGACCAAGCGAAUCUCACCCCACGCGACGUCGUUAUCGAGGCCCUAUGGCGCCCCUUUCAGCUCAUGCUGCUUGAUCCUAGUAUCGCCUUCACAGCCGUGUAUACCGCAAUCGUCUACGGAAUCUUCUACAGCUUCUUCGAAGCUUUCCCCUUGGUCUAUAACGAAAUGUACCACUUCAGCCUCGGACAACUAGGCCUGACAUUCCUUUCCGUCACCGUCGGCGUCAUACUGAGUAUAACCUGGUACUGGUGGUACAUCUACUACCGCGUGGAGCCGUCGAUCCGCGCCCAUGGUCUUGGCUCGCCGGAGCGCCGUCUCGUUCCUGCGUUAUUCGUGACGUUUUUUGUUCCGAUCGGCCUGUUCAUUUUUGGCUGGACGUCCAACUCGUCUAUCCACUGGAUCGUGAGUUGUAUCGGCAUCGUCAUUACCACCAUCGGCAUCUUCCUGAUCAUCCAAUGUGUGUUCUUGUACCUGCCGUUGGUGUAUCCUCAAUACGCUGCCUCUCUCUUCGCCGGUAACGACUUCACCCGAUCUGCUCUCGCUGCUGGAGCUAUCCACUUCAGCUAUCCCAUGUUCCAUAACCUUGGUGUCGAUCGUGGUGUUUCACUGCUAGCCGGCCUUACGGUCGGUUGUAGUGCGGGAGUUUAUGUCCUUUUCUUCUUCGGCGAGAAGUUGAGGGCCAAGUCGAGGUUUGCUGCAAAGUAA